CUCUAAUGUGCUUACCAGCUGCAGAACGACUGCGUCCAGUAGAGAGCCCACACCACAGCAGAGGAUCUGGGUACGGAAUGUAUCAACGACGACCCAGCAGGAGGACUCUAAGCGGUCUGUCCCUGCAACAUCUUUGUCAGGCUUGUGACUAACCUCUCACCAGGAGUAUUUUUGUUGCUACCCAAUACUCCAAUCUCCCCUCUGUCUCUUAAGAAGUAGCUUCGUAGUAGCAGUAGGGAAAAUGGGCCUCAACAUCGGUCUCAAUGAAGAAUGUCCUUCCUCCUGGGUGGCAAAUAUAAGACUAGCAUACCAGAGAGGAGGGAGGUAUUAAGUACUCAGAGUUUUGGGAAUCUUUGCCUACUCCUACUAGCCAGGAGUUGAAUCCCAGAAGUAAGGAAUUGUGGACUCUCACCCCUUUAUGAAAUCUUUUUUUUUUUUUUUUUUUGUGGAAGGGUAAAAAUAAAGAAUGGAAGGCCUUCUACAUUACAUCAACCCAGCACAUGCAAUUUCUUUGCUGAGCUCCUUAAAUGAGGAUCGUCUAAAAGGAAAGCUCUGUGAUGUUCUUUUGAUUGUUGGUGAUCAGAAAUAUCGAGCUCACAAAAAUGUUUUGGCUGCUAGCAGUGAAUACUUCCAGAGCCUCUUCGCUGAAAAGAAAAAUGAAUCCCAAACAGUGUUUCAGUUAGACUUUUGUGAAGCAGAUGCAUUUGAUAAUGUCUUGAAUUACAUUUAUUCAUCCUCAUUAUUUGUGGAGAAAGGUAGUCUUGCAGCUGUGCAAGAGCUUGGCUACAGCCUAGGUAUUUCCUUUCUAACAAAUAUUCUUUCAAAAUCACCUCAAGCUCCAUUUUCUUCAUGUUCAAGUAAAAAGACUAUCAUCAAAGAAGAAGAUGAAAGUGAAUCCCAACAAAGAAGUGUCAUUGUAUGUCAAAAUAUAAAUGAACAGUCCCAAAAUAGAGAAAUCAGUCAUGUCCAACGUGAUAUACACCAGUCAUCUAAACAUUCAUCCUAUGGAAAUACAGCUACACUUAAGCAUAAUAUGAGAUUAAGUGGCCUACUGAACAGUUUACCUUCUGAUAGAAAGUGGCUAUCGUCUAGUCAUUCUUUGGAUGAUCAAAAUCUUGGGGAAUGGAUAAACAGAAAUAAAUUCUCACAGCAAAAAAACUCAGCAAAAGAAUGUAAGGAUUUUCAACCUUCUUCAAGUGGAUCUGAAAUGUUGAAGAAGCAAAUUAUGUCACAAAGUUCUCCAGAGUCAUAUUCAAAGCAAAAAGGAAGAAAUGAAAAUAUUCAGUGCAAGCUAGAUGAAAAUAACAUGCGUUAUUACUCUAAGUUAGGAAUGCUAGUUCCACCUACAAAGUCUACAAGUCAAACUAUUGACCGUAGUGGACCUCUUGUUAAAAGUCUUCUUCGAAGGUCAUUGUCUAUGGAUAGCCAAAUUCCUACUUAUUCACAUUCUACUGAAAGACAAACUUUACAGGAAUCCUCUAUAAAAGGUACAUCAAAAGAAGAGGAAGUUAGCAUGGUAUCUCAGACACCUGCAGCUGAAGAGAAAGUAGGCAUUAGAGAUCAGAGCCCAAAGGCCCGAAGGAGGACUGUGCUGGAUAAUAAUAUACAUAUCAAGACAGAACCAAGUAGCCCUGUUUCAGAACGAUCUGAAAUAAUACAAGUUACUGUAGGAGAUGGUUCACAAGCAAAAAGUAGGGACCUUCAUAUUAAAGUGGAAGAAAGUCCCGAUUUAGAGGCUGCUGAACUUAAUAGUCUACCUGCUAAAAGAAAGUUUGAAUCUGAUAGAAGAACACUUCCUUGUAGAAGAGUAAAGAUGAAAACAAAUAGUUGUCCAAAUCGAGAUGCUAACCUCGAGCAAGAGUCUGCAGAUCUAGAAAAUUUUGACGAUAUCCCUGAUUCUGAUGACAGUGAUGAAAUGUACAGUGACUCACAAGGAAGCAGACAAAAAAAAAUAUGCAAACAUUGCUUUAAAAUUUUUCGAUCAUAUGCAGGUCUUCACCGGCAUAUAAACAUGUACCAUAAUCCAGAAAAACCAUAUUCUUGUGACAUUUGCCACAAAAGAUUUCACACAAAUUUUAAAGUAUGGACACAUUGUCAGACACAGCAUGGAAUAAUUAAACACCCAUUACCUUCUUCAAGUUCACCUGGUGUUUUGGAUGAAAAGUUCCAAAGAAAACUAAUUGACAUCGUAAGAGAACGAGAAAUUAAAAAAGCAUUGAUGUUUAGAUUACGCAGGGGCAAAUCUGGGUUUCAAGGAUCAAGUAGCCAAGCACACGCCCUCAAGAGAAGUCUACGCUCUAGAAACAAAGGGGCAUACGUAUGUAGUUAUUGUGGGAAAUCUUAUCGUUUUCUUUCUCAGUUUAAACAACACAGCAAAAUGCAUCUAAGCGAUAAAUCAUUUGUGAAUAGGGAAAUUAGGCCCAAAGAACAUUCUCCUCCCAAGAAUACAAGUGAAACAAAGGACGGGCUUCACUGCCGAAUCUGUACAGCAAAGAUGAUGACUUCUGGUGAACUAGCAAACCAUGAAAGGAUGUGUAGAAAUGCCACCAUAUGCACAUACUGUAGUCUUCGAUUUCCUUCUCCAUCAUUGAAAAUUGAACAUGAAAUUAAGUGUGAAUACAAGAAGCUUACAUGUCUUGAGUGUAUGCGCACAUUUAAAUCCUCUUUUAGUAUUUGGCGUCAUCAGGUCGAGGUUCACAAUCAAAACACAAUGACUCCAACAGAAAAUUUUUCUUUGCCUUUGAUUGAUCAAAACGGAGAAGUAAGUAAUGUUUCAAUAUCUCCAUCUUUACCAGAAUCAAGCAAAAAAAAUAACUUAUUGAAAUUAAAGGAUGAGUUAGUUUUCAGUGACUCAUCAGAACAAAUGAACUUUGAUUCUGAUGAAUCGGAUUGUCACCCUGAAGAUCUAAGCAUUUCAAAGCAAUUUAAUGUUAAAAUUAAAGAAGAACCUGAAGAUGAUAUGGAUGAUAGCCCUGAAACUAACUUUGACAAUAAAGACGCAAUAUCUGACUCAGAAGGUGGUAUGUGGCCUUGUGAAAAAUGUGGAAAACUUUUCACAGUGCGCAAACAACUAGAACGUCACCAAGAAUUAUUGUGUUCUGUUAAACCUUUCAUUUGUCAUGUAUGCAACAAAGCUUUCCGGACCAAUUUCCGCCUCUGGAGUCACUUCCAAUCUCAUAUGACACAGAGUGUAAACUCUUCUUUCAAGGAACCUGAGAUCUGUGCUCCUGUGAGUUCUCCAUCCCCUCCACCUCCUCCACCACCACCUCCACUUCCCAAAAUCCAGCCAAUAGAACCAGAUAUUCCUGUAGAAUUACCAGAGAAGCCAACAGAAAAAACUUUUCCUCCCAAAGAAUCGGAUUCACUCUUCUAUCAUGCUCCACCUCUGUCAGCUCUGACCUUUAAAAGGCAAUUCAUGUGCAAACUUUGUCACAGAACAUUUAAGACUGCUUUCAGUUUGUGGAGCCAUGAGCAAACUCAUAACUGAAGGCUUGCAAGCUCUGGUGCUAAAUUUAAAACUUUGUGCAUAGAAAAAAACACUUCUGGCUGACAUGAGGCCUGGCCACAUUUGUUUGUUAUAAAAUUUGUUGAAGUGUUCUAAUAUCUUGUAGAUGAAACCCAUUGAUAUUUUGAAUAUUUGACGUGGAUGACAUCUUUAAUGUGUAUUGACUUCUCUUUAUAUUUGGUUACAAAUAAAAACAAAAAAAGCUUUCUUGAUCGUUGAUGGUGUGCAAAGACUGCUAAAAUUACAGGAGACCCUACAAUAUCAACCCAAUUGCACUGAUUUAAUACAACUACAUCAGGUAAAAGGUGAAAUGAUUUAUAUUUUUAGUUACUAGCAAUAAAGAACAUAUACAUGCAACCCAAGCUGUCAUAAGUUAAACGUGGAAAGUGCAUCGUUUUGUUGUUUUGUUCAAGGGAGGUGGGCAACCAACUCUUGGUUUGAAGAAUAAAUUACUUAAUUUGUUUUGAUUACCUGGCACAAACUGUUUGGCAUUUGUAAAACACACGAGAGUGAAGUUGGUUUUGUCUUUAUUUGACAAACUGAGAAUAUAAUAGUUUUUCUGAAAAAAAUAGAUUUUUACCAUAUAUAUGUUCUGUUCAAUGAUUUAUAAGCUUCUCAGUCUCUAGUAUUUCUGUUAACUCCAAAUCAUAAAGCACUGUUAAUUUUAUAAAUGAGCACCCCUUACUUAGCUAUUUUGUUUAUAAAAUCCAAGAUCUAACGUGGAAACUUUAGUAAACACUUUGAGGUAGUACAAUGCAAAAUGUUAUGUUUUCUUAAUUUGUAAAGCCAUUGCAUAGUUAUAUAGUAAAUGGGGUUGGAAAAAAAUACAUAAGUCCAUCAAGUUCAACCUUAAUAUACUCCCAAAAAAGCUCCAUUUGAAUUUAAAUUAAUCCCAUUAAAAACAUUUAACACAAGAAGUAAUCAUAUCCCUGAAUUCUGUUUCUAGCCAGAAAUGUAUUGAAAACAUUUUUAAAUGUAUCUAAGGUAUGGACAUGUACUACCUCCUUAGGUAAUUAGUUCCACAAUUUGAUUGCUCUUUAAUUCGAUGGUGGCAUGUGCCCCAAUUUGCAAAUUAUUUAAACUUGAAACAGCCAUGUAAACCCUCUUUAAAUAUUUACAAGUUUAAUCCUGUACAAUUUAUUUGGUACAUGCCUUUGCAACCAAAAAAUAAAAGGUUAAAAAGCACAAUAUGUUAAUUCUAUUCUAUACUUGUUUUUAAAGCGAUAGUGGUAGACAGGGGAUCGUAUAUUAGAAAACGCAUACAAAAAAAAAAGGAAAAUUAUAUAUACAUAUUGAGGGAAAAGCAGAACCAAUUACAUCAUCCGUGGCUGAAUUUGAAUUACAGAGCAACUGACAAUAUAAAAAUGUCUAAAAAUAUUUAAUACUUGCUAAAAAAUAAAAUGAUGUCCCUAUGAGAGGUUUGGAAGCAUCAAAAUAUGUUUUUGCAUAUUUUUAAGUCCGCAAGAUAAAGAUGGUUUUACUUGUGUGUGUGUGUGUGUGUGUUGUUUUUUUUUUUUCUUUGUUUUUUUAAAUUAUCACUACAUUUGCACAUUGAUUCUAAAGGGGCCGAUUUCUUAAAGUGCGAGCAGACAUGAUAUGAUGUAGAGUAUCAUGUCUGCCGCACAUUGAUAAUUGCCGACAGCAUAGGCUGUUAGCAUUUAUCAUUGCACAAGCAGUUUUUGUGAACUGCUUGUGCAAUGCCACCCCCUGCAGAUUCUCGGCCACUAGCAGGGGGUGUCAAUCAGCCCGAUCGUGCAAAUUGAUGCCCGCAGCCUCAGAGCAGGUGGACAAGUUAUGGAGCAACGGUCUUUAGAUCACUGCUUUAUAACUGCUGUUUCCAGCGAGCCUAAAGGCUCGUGCGGAAACGGGCAUCAAGCUCGAUUUGGAGCGUGAUAAUUCAGCUCCUAUGUGUUUCACUGUGUUAGAUGCAAAAUUUGCCAAAAUCAAGUCUUCAGAUGAAAUAUAAAUUUGUGACUUUGCUGAAAGAUCACCAUUGCUUAUCUCAGAAACUAAAAUAACUGAUCUACCAUUGCCUAUAUUUCCAUGUUGCAUAAUAAAACAGGGUAUUCAAACCAUUCCAUUCUUUUUGACUCAUUUUCUCAAAUUACAUAGUUGCAGUCUAUGCCCUCAAGAUUCUCAUUUUUAUGUCUACAUUUAAUGCAUGAAAUAACCUGGUGCUAAUUAUUUAUUUUUGUUUUGUGAACCCAUUGUAAUAAUAAUGUCUUUCUCCUGUGCAACUUAUAUUUAUGUUGAUUUAAAUGAUUAAACCAUCAACCUGUUAACUGGAUCAUUUCUGGAUUUCAUCUUGUGCUCUAGGAUUAAGGGUAUUUGUUAUAAAUAGAUACAAAGGAAUCUAGAAAGUGUGGCUGCUUUAAUUCUGGGAAUGAAAUAUAAACAAUAUUUCCAUGUUUGCCAUUAUGGAAUUUUCUUAAUGAGUUAGCUUGUUUGAGACAGUAUUUUUUUUUUUUUUACCCUACACAGUUAGCAGGCUGAAUAUUUUUUUUUUUUUUUUUUUUACAGCAAACCCUAUUUUGUAGCUAGAAAAAGUUUCAAAAUGGAAAUUAACACAAAUAGACUAAGUACAGUUGAAAUAUCCUAAUCUGGAUUUUGUACCUUAAUUAUUGUAGCUUUUCAUCCCUUUUUUCUUAUAUUUAGGCUUCUGUUCACUAUAACUGGUUAAUGCAAAUAUUGUAUUUAGUAAACCUGUGAAAUUCAAAUUAGUAGUAUGAUCGAUGAGAAUCACUAUGCUUAAAUCUUCUGACUCUAAAUAAUUCCAGCAAAGCUAAACCAAGUAAAGUCUUUUACCAAAUACAGUUGUAUAGAUACUAAACUCUUAUUCAAGCUGUCUGGAACUGGAAAAGGCCUGUAUUUCAAAAUAGUUUGUAUUUGUAUAUUUGCAUCUGUAAAAAUGUGUCCGUUUGGAGAAAACUAUCUUAUGUCAUGUAGGCAAUAUUUACCUGUCAUACUACAUCUUUUUUAUGCAAACUAAAGGUAGUUUGAUGUAAUUUAACAAAUGUCAUACAUAGUACCAACAGAGAGUAUAGUACUGUAAUCAGACAAUACUCUGUCUGAUCUAGACUAUCAUUUUUAUUUUAGAACACAAAAAACAAACAAAGCUACAGGUAGAAAAGAUUGUGACUUGCUGGAGGGGUGGGGGAAUGAUUAUAAUUCUGGAUUUUUUAAUUCUGCAUUUGAGGAUUUGUACCUGUACUUGAAUUUGAUACUGGUUUAUAAAUUAACUUAUCAUUAGGGUAAAAAAUUACACUAUUUUAACAUGUAAAAAGUAAAGUUAAACCUGUUUAACCUGAUUUUAAAAUUAAUAGGAAUUGUUGUUUGUUCACAUUUCAUCCCUAGGGACAAACUGCUUAUCAUCUGAUUUGGACAACUCCAGCAAAUAUAUUAAAGGACAAUGACACCUACACAAACAUACAUUUUUCCCCACAGAACAUUUGUUUGUUUCAGUUAUAUAUUUUAAUAUGUUUUAUUUUAGAUCCCAAUGGAAAAAAAGCAGUUGGCUUCAAUUACAGACCAGUUACUCCAGAAAAAAAUGUUCCACAAGUAUUUAAAAUGUUACAUUUUAACCUUCCAGUUAAAACAAUGUAUCACUAUAAUAGCCUUGUUAAUGUGUUAUUCAUUUUUCAUAAAACGUUCAACAGACACCAUUUAAAAUAAAUGUGUUUACUGAACUGAAACAAUUUAGAUUUUUGUUUCCAAUAUAAAACAAGAUUGUGAAAGUAUAUUCAGCACCAAAGUGGCAAAAAAACUGCCACAAGAAUAUUAGUCUUUAUGUUAAAUGAAGAUCAGUUGCAUGUAAGAUCACAAGUUAACCCCUUCUCAUUAAAGUAUGAGCACGCCGCCUUGGAAGUAUAAUACCUAGGGUUCUAUUAAAAUCUUCAUUAUUUUGCUCUCUUUGCACUAGUUUUGCAUUAAAAAAAAAACUAUUUGUAAGGGUAAUGAUGAUUACAGAAAUGUAUUUAUGCAGAACAGAUAUUGAAGGGGGUUUUUUUCUGGGAAAAUAACCAGAUGGUGUUUAUUUGACUUCCUUAGACUGGAAACAGCUUUGUGUAGGUUUCUGUGUGAGACAUUAAUAUAUAGACUUCCUUUCUUUCCUGUUCCCUGCAGUUGUUUACAUACAAAUAUAUGCAAAUAAUAAUAUUGUCAAAUUUGCAUUUAAAAAAUACUUUAGGAUUGCACAUUAUCAAUUGUCUGAAAAAAAUAAAACAUCAUGACAGCAUUAGUUAUACAUAAAAGUGUUAUGGGGCUAUAUGCAGCAAAAUGCUACCUAAAUAGACGCACUCCUAUUUUGUACAACUUUAUUUACUAAAAACAUAGCAACCGUCAAAACAAAUAUCACCAACAUUUUUGUUUAAUUAUUAAAUUGACUUCAAUACAUACCUCUCUUCUACCAGUUUUGGAUGUACAUAUUGCUUAUAAUUAAACUAAUAUUUUUGUUGACUUGCUUUUUAAUUUAUAAUAUUUUUUUGUUUUCAUUUUUGUUAUUCAAGUUUGUUUGUUUUUUUGGGGGGGGUUGACAAAGGACACAAGGCAAAUAUAGUUUUACUUUUCAUAUUGUUUUUUCAAUAAGUAAAACCACAAAAAUGCUUGCUAUUGUAUGUUAAUUAUAUAUUGUUAUUUAAUUUUCAAAAUUAUAAUUCCCUCAAUGUUUAAAAUCUACAGAUAUAGCCUAAAUAUUUAGGGAUUUGUUGUUUAUUAUUAUUGUUAAUAUUAGACUUUUAAAAGCAGACACAAUAGGUCAACUGAAGCCUAUUUACUAUGUAAUUUACAAUUUAAAAAUAUAUCCUAUGAGACGUGAGUGGAAUUUUUAUUGUUAAUGUUUGUUUAAUCUUUUCUUACAGCAAAUACUAAAACAACAAAUGUAUUACAUUGUAUUCUACAAUGUUUUAAAAUUCCCAUCAGUGGCUUGUCUUUGUAUUUGGUGCACAUGGAAUUUAUAAUGAAUUAUCAAUACGUAUUUUUGUUAUUGAUAUGACAGCAGCCACUACUUUAGGAAAUGUUGUCUUAAUUUAUUAUUCAAAGCUACUAACACUACUAGUUUAUGUUUGGCAAAAUAUGCAAUCUAGUUUUGCUAACUGCAAAUUGUGAGUAAAAAAAAAAGUGCUGUAGCCAUAGAAAACUGUUUUAUGGAAGAAAUCUGAGGUACUAUUUAUAUAUAGUUGUCUUUUUAUUCUCAUGGUUUUUUGUGUAAAAACUCACAACCCAAAUUAAGUACAGCUUAUAUUUGAUUAUGACUUUUCUCCUUUUUAACUAUUAUGAAAAUGUAUUACAAUGCUGCACUUUCUGCAUCAACCAUACUAUACUUUUAGCACAGUUAAUUAGUCAAUCUGAUUUUAUAGAUUUUUACUUUUUUUAUUAGAAAACUUCUAAUUUAUAUAGAAAAAACUAACUCUUUAUGUAUUGUCCUCUAUUGCUUUCUCUGUAUGAUCUUUUUUCUACGAUGUGUUUUCUUAGCUGUUGACCAAGAAAUGUUGAAUCCAAUAAAUUUACACCUUUUUCAAGUUCA